CCUGUAUGCCGGUUACCUGUUUGUAGCCUCAGUCAGAAGGGCGUGGCAUCAGGAGUGGAAUUUCACUUCCUGCUGUUUUUCAGGUGAAUCACCUGAGAAAUGUCGUCGUUGUGUGAGUCGUAGACAGCCGAGGUUCGUGUUUGUUAGUUUGACUUCUUUCUCUUUUUUUUCCCCUGUUUGGAGCCAGUGGAUCAGAUUCAGUGGAAGUGUAGGCUACCUCUAGGUGACUACCAGGAAGUGGGGCUAAUUUAGUCACCGAGUCUGUGCGUGUUCCAACCCCUUGGCGGACAAAAAAAAAAAACUCAUUUUCAAAUAGACCUGCCAUUUCCUUUCUUCUCUAUUCGACUUCGCGUUCCCUGGAGACGACUUCUGGUUUUUAUUUUUAUUUUUGAGGGACAGUCUGAGAAUGAAUUUAUUUAGUGGAUGGCAGUCCGCGGCGCUCAUACUUCUCGUCGGCAUCUUACGCUCCACCAGCGGCCAGGAGAACGCGAACACCUGCCAGGGCGAGUUCGAGAAUGGCAAAGACAACUUCGUGCUGGACACCGAUGAGUCGGUGAAAGAGGGGGCCACGUUUCUGUCGUCGCCGCCGGUGUCGCAGGCCGCGGACUGCCAGGCCUCCUGCUGCAGGGAGCCGAGGUGCAACGUCGCCCUGAUGCAGAGAGGUCCCGGGGAGGAUGGCGCCGUCGUCUCCUGCUUUCUCUUCGACUGCUUGUACAAGAAGAAAUACGCCUGUCGCUUCGUCGCCAAGUUGGGAUACUUCAACUUCAUCCGGAACACUGUUUACCAGACUUACCUCAAAAUGGACUUGGCUCCAAGAGAAGCGGACUCUCCACCAGUGGCCGACGCAGGUCAGGACCUGGUCGUGCAGCCGAAGGAGAGUGUGACACUGAACGGUUUCCAGAGCAUAGAUGAUGGGAAGAUUGAGAUUUUUAAAUGGAAAAUGCUCACGGAUUAUCCUUAUGCUAAAAUCGAGGAAACAGCCUUUCCUGACCAGAUCAUUGUGUCCAAUCUAACAUCUGGGAAGUACGCCUUUGAGCUGACGGUCACCGACAACAGCGGUCAGUCGGACAGCACCACGAUCACUGUCCUGGUACUUACCGCUGAGCAGUCUGAGCACCACUGCAUGGCUCCAAAGAAAAUUGGCCCAUGUCGUGGUGCGUUCCCACGCUGGCAUUACAAUGCUGCCUCAGGGCAGUGCGAGAAGUUCAUGUUUGGGGGUUGUCUGCCGAAUAAGAACAACUACAUUAAUGAGAAGGAAUGCAGUGACGCCUGCCAUGGCACAGGUGUUGAAGCAAGUGUUCGUGGUCUGCCUGUUCCAAUUCCUACAGUAGAAAAGUGUGGUACUCCAUGUACUCCUGAGCAGUUUACCUGUGGUAAUGGCUGCUGUUUGGAUCAAGGACUGCAAUGCGACGAUACUCCGCAAUGCACUGAUGGGUCAGACGAGGCAAACUGCGAAGAUCUGCCACGCAAAUUUCGCAUUCUGCUCAACAUACCAGUGGAGGAAAAGAAAGUGCGCUGUACUCACCACCCGGAAACAGGAAGUUGCCGGGACAGUUUCUCAAAGUGGUACUACGACCCCCAGACCAAGAAAUGUCACCUCUUUAACUACGGAGGCUGUGGGGGAAACGACAACAAAUUUGACUCCGAGGACGCCUGUAACACAUUUUGCGAUGGGGUGACUGAAAAGGACGUCUUUGAAGUACGAGAACCAUCUGAAAAUAAUAAAAAUAAACGUAUCGGUGAUGACGAUACAGGUAUCCUUGCCAUAGCUAUCGUCCUGGGUGUAGCCGUCCUCGUUCUCAUUGGCGUCGUGGGAUACUGCUUCAUAAAGAAAGCUAGGACUCCCAAACACCAUCAGGUGCCUGUUCGCGACAAUGCCCUGGUCUACAACAGCACCACCAAACCCAUCUGAACCCACCUUUUGUUCAGCUUUGCUCCCAUUCCCGUUGUCACAAACAAGCUAUAUCUGAGGCAGAACAGGUUGUUUUUUGUUGUUUUUUUUAAGUCUAUGUAGAUGUAUUUUAAAGAGGAUGUACACAGAAAGUAGAAAGUCUUUGAUGAAAUGUGAUUUGUUGCUUCAAAUGCUGCAAACUAUUGGAAUGAAUUGGCAAAAUAAGUUUUAAGAUCAGGUUAAGUGCGGUGGACUGUUUCUGUUGUGAAGGCAGAAACCUUUCCUUUGAAAUAUAGGAAUUGUUUUUAUUUUUUACAGCUCUAAUUGACUGUCUUCUUUUGUGUUUAUUGUGUAGCCCUACGUCUCCAUCGAGCUUUAGUUUAAACAAGUGUUUUGCUUUCUCUUACAACAAAAUCUAAGUGAUCUUGUUUAUAUCUAAACCUAUGAUGUUAACAUGUUGUGUAUUCUUCAGUUUAAUUACCCUCAUUUCUUUUACGCACUGUUGUUACAUUCCAAUUGAAUUUCACCUACAUGCAAAAUAUUGUACAUAAUUAUAGUUUAGUAAAUGAACAAUUUUUUGGAGGUAAUUUUAUUGACUUAUUUUAAAAUGUCAAUUUUUAUUAGCAAAUGUAUAUUUUGUUUAUCUUUACUGUUUAAAAUAUUAAACUUCUGAUGCAUUUGUAUAUAUAACUUGAUGUGGGCUUCUUUAGCUUUACCUGUACUCUGUUGUUCAUCUUCAAUAAAACAAUGUAGACCCAUA